AUGAUGGCCGUCCCUCAGGCUCCGUCAGUGGCUCAGGUUGGAGUUUCUAUUGAAUCUUUGGACCUGCUUGCACAACAAACACCAGUCUCUACUUCAGCUGUCUCCACAGUGGACUCCUUCACACAGUUCACGCAGAAGAUGCUGGAGAGCCUGUACAACUUCACCUCGUCUUUUGCGCUGUCCCAGUCGCAGAUGACACCGAACCCUUCGGAGAUGUUUGUUCCUGCGAGCUCCAUCCUCAAAUGGUAUGAAAACUUUCAGAGGCGAAUGAUGCAGAAUCCAAACUUCUGGAAGACGUGACUUACUGCCGUUGUGUUUUUAACAGUUUGAUCCACUACUUUAUGAAGAACAAUUUAUUUCAUUUAAUAUUCAGUUUUAAUUUCCAUGAAGAGUUUCACCUGGUCAAGGAAAGUUUUCUCAUGAAUAUUGCCUG